AUGAGAGUUCCAGGUUUUUCCUCAAUUGAUUCAGCCUUGCAAAUUAUGGAUCUUUUGCUUCUGAUGCUGUUGGUGUCUCAGGCAGUUUCUGUGGAGGUUAGAAAGACAUGCCCACUGAAUUUUGAGAUCCGGGAUGAGAAAAAACCAUGGAACUAUUACAGGCCAGGAGACCAUUUCAUUGGUAUAGUAACCUCAGAAACACACACUCCACGUGCAAUUUGGCCUUUCAACAUGGCUCCUUCUAGUCAAUCUCACUCGCUGUCAGGUUAUUUUAAAGUGCUAGUCCUGAUUUUUGCCGUUCAAAUGGUCAACAAGAAUCACCAGCUCCUGCACAAUCUCACCCUUGGCUACAGCAUCCAUAACAACUAUUUCAACACCUUUGCUACUUCAGAAGCCUUGCUAGACAUGCUCUCUACUGGACAAGCCAAUGUUCCCAACUACAGCUGUGGAGGGAAGGAAAACAUUUUGGCUCUUGUUGAUGGAGCUAAACUGGAACUCCCCAUGCAGAUGUCUACAUUAGCAAACCCCUACAAAGUCCCACAGUUCCAUUCAUUCCUGGAGAAGAAUGAGUUUUGCAACUUUUCCCAUCAAAAAUUUUACUUGGAUCUAAAUGGAGAUGUAGCAGCAGAUCUGAAUGUCCUAAGCUGGGUGCCUUUGCCCAGAAUGGAACCCGUUGACAAGGAAAUGGGGAGUUUUGAAAAGCAGAGAUUUACUGUAAAAAAAGGUGCUCUAUCAUGGCUAAACUUGCAUAAGAAGUCGCUGCCAGAGUCGAAAUGUGUGGAAAGUUGUCAGCCUGGAUUUGUCAAAAGGGCUCGAGAAGGAGAACUAACUUGCUGCUAUGACUGCAUUCCUUGUCCGGAUGGGACCAUCUCCACUCAGGAAGGAUUUGUGUUAAUCAUAUUUAUUAAACACCGGGAAACACACAUUGUGAAAGCCAACAAUCGUGAUCUCUCUUACAUCCUCCUGGUCUCCCUCCUGCUUUGUUUCUUGUCUCCCUUUCUCUUCAUUGGUCAACCAAGGAAAGCCACUUGCCUUUUCCGACAAAUGGUUUUCAGCAUGAUCUUCUCAAUUGCCAUUUCUUCUCUCUUGGCCAAGACAUUCACAGUGGUGCUGGCUUUCCUGGCCACAAAACCAGGAAACCGAGUGAAGAGAUGGUUAGGGAAGAGUUUGGCCAACUCCAUCAUUCUUGCUUGUUCUGCUGUCCAAAUUAUCAUCUGCUCCAUCUGGCUUGGAGUUUCUCCUCCAUUCCCUGACUCUGACUUCCAUUCCCAGCCUGGAACGAUCAUACUGCAAUGCAAUGAAGGUUCUGUUGUCAUGUUCUACAGCACUCUCAGUUACAUGGGAAUCCUGGCUGCCAUCUGCUUCACAAUGGCUUUCCUGGCUAGGGAUCUUCCUGGAACCUUCAAUGAAGCCAAGCUUAUC